UUUAUAGCAAUGGUCAACGCUUUUGAAGCUGUGAAGGGAGGCGCAGCCAAGCUCAACACUGGCUUCUAUAUACCUCUUAUUGGUUUAGGAACUUAUAAAAUCACUGGAAAUCAGGUGAAACCUGCUGUAGAUGCUGCCUUGUCGUGUGGAUACCGAAUGUUUGACACUGCAAAAUAUUAUGUGAACGAGCCUGAGCUAGGAGAAGCUUUGGAGGAGCUACUCCCUAAGUAUAACCUCAAACGGUCUGAUAUUUUCAUCACUACCAAGUUUUUCCCUGAUGCCAACGAUACCGCCGCAGCUGCGAGAAAACUUGUUGGAGAAUCUCUGAGUAAUCUGAAGACGAAGUAUCUUGAUAUGGUACUGAUUCAUUACCCAAAAGCAUCGGAACUGGAUGAGAAAGACGAGAGAAACCCACUUCAUCGUAAACUAACUUACAUAGAGCUGGAAAAGCUCAAAGAUGAAGGACUGAUCAGAUCAGUUGGUGUUUCGAAUUACGAGUCACGGCACAUUGAGGAAAUCAAACAAUAUGGGAAGAUGAUGCCUUGUGCCAAUCAAGUCGAGUACCAUCCUCAUUUCACUCGAGACGAGCUUAAAGACUAUUGUAAGAAAGAGGGGAUAUUCUUCCAGGCAUUUUCAUCCCUUGCUCGGCAACAACCCGAACUUAUCCAUGAUCCGGUCGUAGUCGAUUUGGCGAAGAAACACGGAAUUUCCGUUCCACUAGUACUUUUAUCGUGGGCUCUGUGUCAAGGUGUGGGAAUAGUGCCUAAAUCGGCUACGCCGCAGAGAAUCAUCGAUAAUUUGGAGGUAGCAAAUGUGAAGCUGAGCGAGGACGAGAUCGAGUCAUUACAUAAGCUCAAUCGCGAUCAGCAUUACAUUCGCUGUUACGGGUGGCGUGUUUUGAGCUUGCAGAUAAUGAGCAUCCACAUCGAUAGUGUAGUGCUAAACACUGGACAUUCGAUUCCGCUGAUCGGUCUUGGAACUUACAAAAUCACUGGAGAUUUGAUGGUACCAGCCGUUGAUGCCGCUUUAGCUGCUGGCUAUAGCUUGUUCGAUACGGCCAAGUUCUACUUUAAUGAAGCCGAGCUUGGAGAGGCUCUUGAGGUGUGCCUUCCGCAACAUAAUCUUCGACGGGAAGAUGUCUUUAUUACUACAAAACUGUAUCCGACUGCUAGUAAUGACUUCCUUGUAGAGAUAGAGAACAAUGUCGAAGACUCCCUCAAUAGUCUUCGCACUGACUACAUAGAUUUGGUGCUUAUUCAUUUUCCAAAGACGAAAGAAACAGGACUGGAUGAUCCCAACAAUGCCAUCCAUCGGAGGAAUACUUACCUAGCUCUAGAAAAAUUGAAAGGGACUGGUAAGAUUCGUUCUGUUGGAGUAUCGAACUACGAAAUACACCAUAUGGAAGAGAUUAAGGAAUACGGCCAGAACAUGCCAGCUGUGAAUCAAGUAGAGUACCAUCCUCAUUUCACGCGAAACCAGUUGAAGGACUACUGUGACAACAAUGGUAUUUUCUUCCAGGCAUAUUCAUCAUUAGCACGUCAAAACGACGAGCUCCUCAAGCACGAAAUCGUCUCGAAAUUGGCCGAGAAAUACGCCACCUCAGCACAGAUUAUUUUGCUGUCAUGGGCAAUCAGCCAGGGAGUGGGUGUCAUUCCAAAAUCAUCUCAGCCAACAAGAAUAGCUGACAAUCUGAAGGCCACAGAGAUUACGUUGACCGACUGUGAGAUAGCUGCGCUAAAGGGACCGAACAGAAACAAAAACUAUGUACGAUGUGAAGGAUGGCUUGUUGUCUGA